AUGGCAGCAUUCGAAGAGUUCCAGUCCUUCAAUUGGUACGUCAUUGGCUAUUCCAGAACCACUAGACUCAGAAAACAGCUCUCUAUCUCAUGUGAUCGCAGCGAUUCUGCUAAUCAAUACAUAGUGUAUCAUUGCAAGUCCGACACAGUAUCUCUCCAUGAUGGCAGGGAUAUUGUACUCUCCACAACACACUUCCUUGACAAGCCCCUCACGCUCGCAGUCAUGUAUGGUUGCACGGAAGAGAUCAUUGAUGAAAGAGCAUGGUGGUUGGAACGUUGCGCGAAGUCAGCAUUUCAUCCCCUAGUACUGCCUAUGAUCUUUGCAGAUAUAGAGAGGUCGCGGUUCCUUGACGCAAUAGAUCUCAAGGCCACGGAACUGGAGGCGAGGAUCCUGGAGUUGGAAAGUCGAGUGAAGAAAGAGACCACAAAGGAGCCCACGAAAGAAGAGACUAAUGCCGAUGGUAGGAAGACUAUGACUGAGAGGGACUGCAAUGCGAUACAACUGUGCCGUUCGAUGACCUCGCUGAAAAACGGGCUUGUCAGCUUAGCCACCGAGCUCCAGUCAAUGCGGAACCACCUCCAAGAGCUUCCCAAGUUUGCGCGCAACCGAGAGCCGGACAUCCCUGGCUGGCGACGAGACCUUGAUGAUGAUGGGACCCAUAUUGACGCCAAGUUGAAGGCCAUCAUGGAUGAGCUCCAGAGUAAGAGACGUACCUGUGAGGGCUUUCUUGGAGCCAUGACUAUGGCAACCCAAAUGGUUCGAAAGCUCUAA